AUGUCGGAGGCGCUGGCGGAGCGGCUGCUGGACCUGCACGGCCGCCUGCUGGCGCUGUACGUUCUGCAGGACGCCGACUGCCUGCACUGGGAGGACGUGCGGCCCUUCUUUGAGGGAGAGCGCGGCUCCUUCGUCGUGCAGAUGUGGUGGCUCUACAUGCAGGGCACGCGCGAGCACCUGUGGAACACGGUGCCUCCGCAGACGGCGCAGCGGGUGCUGGCGGGCAUGCUGAACGAGUCGCUGGCCGUGCUGACGUCGCGCCUCAGCCAGGCCGCGCCGUCUCACGCGCGCGCGCCGCAGCUGCUCACCGACGCCGCCAACGUGCUCCUGUGCUGCCGCCACCUGCUCGCGUCGGUGUGCAGCGAGGGCGCCGAGCUGGCUGGGCUGCCGGCGGCGGCGGCGGGCGGCGGCGCUGGGGGCGGCAGCGGGGGCAUCGGCGCGGGGGGCGGGGCGUCCGGCGGCGGGCGCGUGCCCCGCGACGUGCACGCCAAAUGCGCCGAGCUCCUCGCGGUGCUGCUGGCGCGCGGUUCGCCCCUGCACUCGCUCUACAAGGUGUUCCGCAAGGGCUUGGGCGGUGUGCCCGUCUUUUCCCCGCGCGACCACCGCCUCCCCGCGGCGUGGUUCGUGCUGACGGCGCCGCACCUCUUCGGCGGAGACUCGGCGUCGCCAGGCGCCGCGGCGCCGGUGGGGCAGCUGGCCGACGGACCCGCCAUCGCCCUGGAACUCACCGUGCUCGUGGCUCAGCCGCAGGCUUCGUGGCCGCUCUUGCUCAGGGGUAUUUUCCACCUGAAGCUAAAUUACUCUACGUUUCAAGAGGGUGUACUGGAAUUUGCGGGAUCCUCGGAUCUGGAGUCAGCUGAACACGAAGCCCUCAGCGUCGCAAACCUUGGUGCUGAUGGCCAAGGGGCUGGCUUUCUUUAA